GGUGGAUCUAAUAAUCGGGCAUCUACAGCAACGUUUCUUUGGAGCCAGUGAGAUUUCCCAGAAGAAUACGACCCAUCAAACAUUUCUCACUCUUGAGAUCUACGGAAACCUACAACUUUCAAGACCUUCGAUUCUCUAAGACAACAUUCAAGACCAUUAUACCACUUCUGCACUUACACAACCACAAACAUGAUCCAAUCCGCAUACGAGUACUCCGAGACUCUCGCAAAGGGAAACAUUCCAAUUCGACUUGAUGGAGCUUGCAGGCCGCGUCACCAAGCCGACCACCCCCGAAACCGAGCUCUUCUACCAAGUGUGCUACGAGACCAUCUACGGGCAGAUGUUUGGGGGCCGCAACGGAGAGGGCAAGGUCUGGCUGCCGUAUGGGGAUUUCACUGCGAGAUUGUGCGACAAGGAGACACAAGAGGCGUACAAGGGAGCGCUGGAUCAGGCGCUGGCGAUUGUGCAGAAGGAGCAGGCCGAGAUUGGCGAGGCGAGGGAGGCUUUGUACAGGCUGGGUAUGUUUUGGUACCUGAGGGGUGCUGUGAGCGAGUAGUAGAUUCGUUCGGCUUGGGCGUUCAAAAUCGGGAUGGGUGCAUUAGGUCGGCGUUUUGGAAUCUCCAUAGCAUGGGUUAUGUCUUGACGAGCGCGCAUUGCGGUUAGGCGCUGGAUUCCUGUUCAAAUGCAAUUGAUUGCUUGAGAGAUCUCUUCUCCAGGAUGCAAUGAGCGAUCCAAGAAUGCUAAUGAAUACAACAGUGAAGAA